CCGGCCCUGUUUUCUGCAUUGCCAACCUGACGUACAAUUUUUUCGAUGUAAAAUGUGAGGUUAUGUUUGAAUGAAACAACAAAUGUUUGCUUUUUAUUUAAACAAAAAUGUGUUACGGGCCGUUCGCUCGCAUUUGCCAUUGGGGCCCCUUGACUGCGUUAGGAAUCAUCAAAUUGGUGACUGGGAUGACGAUACACUGCAACGGAAUGUGGUGGCCCCCUGCGCGCUCCUUCGGGGGUUUUCUCAAUAGUGUUGUUUUUAUUAGCUGUUCGGGCCUGACUUUGUACAAUUUUUUAUCGGCUAUGUAUCACGGGCCGGGUUAUUUGCCCCAAAACUGGAAACCUACGAAUGAAACUGAUUGCACGUACUUACAAUGGUGCGGGGUUUGUCACGGGUUUAAGGCCCCCAGAUCGCACCAUUGUCGCAAAUGCGGGCGUUGUGUCUUAAAAAUGGAUCAUCACUGCCCUUGGAUAAAUAACUGUGUUGGCUGGGGGAACCACGCACAUUUUACCUCGUUCCUGGCUUUUGCCACUUUGGGGUGUUUACAUGCUUCGAUUAUUCUGGGCUGUUCACUUUAUAGAGCUUUAAACCGUGUACAUUAUUUAUAUUACGGAUCAGGGAAAGAACCGAUUGUUUAUUUAGGAUUAUACGGAAUCAUCCUCUGUGUCCUUGCGUUAGGUUUCACUAUCGGUGUGGUAAUUGCAGUAGGAAUGCUCCUCUUCUUCCAAAUAAGAGCAAUCAUUCGCAACAGGACCGGAAUCGAGGACUGGAUCAUGGAGAAAGCUAACUAUCGGCGAAAAGCUCGCAACGAAACGUUUAUUUUCCCUUAUGAUUUAGGCGUGUGGCGGAACAUUCGACAAGUGAUCAAUUUUAGUUGCCAACCAGUCGGCGAUGGAAUUUUUUGGCCAGUUGUCGACACUUGCGACCAAUUCACUCUAACAAGGGAGCAAAUUGAACAAAAAACCGAAAAAAGACAAAGAACCAAACUUUACAAAAUCAUAUAUCCAGCAUCAGGUUCGUGGGUUCCCAUAACCCAAGGCUUGAAAGUUUGUUGUUGUCCGCCGUGCACCGACGAGGCGCGAAUUAGACUUGAGGUUGGAGAUACGGUCUCUGUGACUCGAUGGCGAAAGUAUUGGUUGUUUGGAGAAAAACUUCAAGAUUUGCCUCAGGCUGAAGAAUCGCUCUAUAGGGUAAGGGGGUGGUUCCCCCGGCGGUGUGCCGUUGAGAUGAUUGAUGGCAGUGAACAAAGCGUGAAAGAUAAGAAAAUUAAAUAAUUUAACAAAUAUCAGGUUUUCUAGUCAAAAUCGUAGUUAAGUUUUAAUACCUUUCAGCUAUGUGUACCGAUUUUUUAUAAGGUUUUGUUAUGAUAUGACGGUUGAGUAUGUGGUGAAAAGGUUCAUCCAACUUUUUUGGCGAAAUUAUCAAUCUAUUUGAUUCGCGUUUUUGUUGUAAUUGUAUUAUAGGGACUGUCGAUAGCAUUUAACGGCGCAGUUCUUACUAGAAGUUGAUAAUUUCUUCAGAAAAAAAUUAUAUAUGUAUUUGGAAGUUUUUUAUUCCAAUGAAACGAUUUAUACUGA